GUCACAACGGCGGCGACCGCGCACCCAUAAGCUCUGAUUCAUCCAAGCAAUUACCACCCAUAUUCUCCUUCCACAUAAACCGUAGACCACCAUGUCUAGAAACCCAUUCGCAGACGAUGCACCGUUGUUUGAUGCACCGCCGGGUGAAGAGCCAUUGUUUUUGCAGCCCACGAGCAGAGACAGGAUGAUUGAAAACGUUAUUGGUGCUGGGGUUCUCGCGUUUGUUGUGUUGACGUUCAUAUUCUCGUUGAUCAAUGGAUUCGGAAGAUCCGCGAACCAUCUCUUCCUCGGACUUGUUCUGUUGUCGUUUACAUUUGUAGCAAUCCAACUGAUUCGAUGGUACCGACUAGGCGAUUUGGAUCCGAAAUUCAAAUUCCUUAUCCUAACUAUGGGUGUAUCAGUGGUUAUACUUGGCAUCGUCGCCAACGUGUAUUUUUGGUCGACUACGGUGGAUCCAGGAUUGGCAAGCUGCAAUGGCACGCCCGUACCAGAAUAUCAUGCAAAGAGGGCUCUCUUUGAGGCUGCCACUGGUCAGUGUUGGUAUAUUUGUGACAAGGGAUUCGCUUUGGAUGCGAGUGGCGGUGCACCAGGAGUAUGUAAAACCUUACCGGCAAACUAGUGAAUGGCAAUAUACAUUGUUGAAUGAGUCUGCUCCUGCAUGGAAGUCGUAUAUAUGUGUAUCCUUUUGCAACGGCUA